CACAAACAUAUUUCUACAGAAACAUAGUAUACAUAUGUUGUAUAUUUGUAUACAUGUGUUUAUCUAAAAGGACAUUCUUGCACAUAAAUCAGAGACCUUAAUUUUUUAUGUAAAAUGAAAAACUGCUCGAUCGAAAUAACCCGGAAUUAUGAAAGCGGACUAUACAACUGAGUGCAACCUCGGUCAAGACAAAUUCGGUGCGUUCUAUUAUUCUGUGGUUAGCUUACUGAAUGAAUACAGAGAUCUUUAAUUUCAUUCAGUGAGCUCAAAAUUAACGGCACGAAUGUAGUAUGAAGGUGCAUAAGGAGAAAAGAAAAUAGUGCGUAGUAAAUGAAGAGAAACAAAUUCUCCCCUCGCUGCGCUGGUUGGAGGGGGGAAAAAUGAGAGAUGGAUCGAUGUCACGAGAGAGAAGAUUCUGUUUUGUUGCCGUGAUCUGGUUUCGCAGCAGUGUUAAGUCGAUGCAGUCUUUUGUCAAAAUAACACAAUUCUGUCGCCAACAGCACGAGUCUGGCCGUGUGAUAACGCCAAGAUUUAGAUAAAUAAAUGAUCCAUAAAAACAUACGUGGCAACUACAUGCAAGGAAAUGCAAAAAGAAUGCUACCUGUAGCUACACAACUGGCAACGUUAUUAUAAUUUUGUUUCCCGGUAGUGCAACACGGAAGCAGUUGGGGGCAAACUAAACACGACGUUUUUUCUUGGUGAACAGACGAACAAAAGGUUUAUUCAUGGGAACAUGAAACUAGUGCGACUUAGUAUAUAAGAACUUAGCAAUAUGUGUGUAUAGCAGGCAACCUUGUGUUUCUAGUGGCUGAGUAAUGAUUAAUCAGGAUAGUGACUUCUCUGUCAGUGUGGAAUCUUGCAAUGCACCAGAACUACAUCCCAAGAUGACGUCAGAGAUGGGCAGCGAGGUGGCCACUGCCAAGAAGGGCUUCCGGUUUCGUCAGGUGGUGAACCUGGCAACUGUGGCUUCCACAGCGGUCUUCAGCGGAAUGGUCAUCGGAUGGGCUGCCGUCCUCCCAAAAUUGGAGGAGGACACGUCGAAGUUUCGCGUCAAUAAGGAGCACGUCUCUCUUCUGGUCUCCUUUCUCCCCAUUUUGGGAAUCGCUACCUCUCUCGUGGCCAGUUCCCUGAUGGAGUGGCUUGGGCCCAGAAGGAUGAUCCUGUGUGCCAUCUUCCCCAUGCCAGGGUUUUGGCUGAUGAAGGCUUACUCUCCCUACUUGGCGCUCUUGUAUGUUGGCAGGGGUGGCCUGGCCAUCACCUCCAGCUUGAUUGGCACAGCCCUCCAGCCCCUGGUAGCCGAGCUCAGUCCUUCUAACAUCCGUGGGCUGGCUUCCUCGUCGGCCGAGAUCGUAGCAGCCAUUGGAGUGUUGGUGAGCUACCUGCUCGCCCAUUUUCUGCCGUGGGGGCUCGCCACAGCUGUGUCUGCUGUUCCUUGUUUGCCCAUUUUCCUUAUGCUGCUGACUGUCCCAGAGUCUCCAUAUUGGCUCAUAAGGCAAAACAAGUUAGAGGAGGCUGAACAGUCCUUGAAAAAUCUCGCAGCCAGUGGAACUGACGUGGCUGAACAACUCAACGCCAUUGCAGCUACUUCAGCACCUACUAAAGCAUCGUUCAAGUACCAGGCAUCUCAGCUGAAGAAGCAGCAAAAUAGACAACCAGUCCUACUCCUGUGGGUCAUGUUCAUUCUGAGAGAGCUCGGAGGGAAAAGCGCUCUCUUCUCUUACUCCGUGUACAUGUUCAGGCAAGCCAGAGUGGAAAUCGACCCGUUCGUGUGUACCAUACUGAUUGGCAUCAUCAGGGUUGUCGGGAACAUAGCCUCCGCCCUGACCAUGGACAGGAUAGGACGAAGGCCUUUCCUUAUGAUCAGCAGUUUCGUCUGCGGCAUCUCAAUCGGCAUGACGGGCUUGUUCCUCAUGUUGGAGCUCCCGGGGCAAUCUUGGAUGCCUCUCGUCCUCCUCCUGCUUUUCGUCGGGUCCUUCGGAAUAGGGCUGGGUCCCAUCCCGUGGAUAUACGUCGGAGAGUUGAUCCCGACUCCAGUCAGGUCCCUGGGAGCUUCUCUCAUCACGGCCACAUACAACCUGGUGAUAUUUGGUCUCAAUUACGCCUUCCUCAAGAUCAUCGCAGAACUAGAGCUGGGAACGACCCUGAUGAUAUUCAGCCUGCCAAAUUUCCUGGUGGUUCUCAUGGUCAGCUGUUGGUUUCCCGAGACCAGGGGCAAGUCUCUUCAAGAACUGGAAAAGGCGUUCAAGACAAAGUGAAACUAUUUAAUCAGUCAGCGUUGCUUUUGUAUGUUUUGUGCCAUUGGGGUUAAGAAGUGAACGAGAUCUCUGAUACUGAUAUAAGUGGGGAUACGUAAAAUAUGCCUUGAAUCAAGGCGUUCACUUAAAUCUUAGGUUUUUUUUAUGCCAUGUCAUUGCACUCUUGUGAGCUACGUAACAACUGUCAGAGGAGGUGAAUGAAAAGGAAUUUGAUUCAACACCGCAGCCCACAAGAAUACUGGUAUUUUUCAAAGUUAUGUGAUAUCUUGGUGAAAAGGAUAUCCCAUAGCAGAUUCGCAUCAACCGUGCAUUUGAUGUCUAGGCCAGUCCUUACGACGCUCCUCAUUGGCUGUUGAUAAGCUAAUCCCAGGGCUGGAAACUCUCAGUAUCUCUCGAGGUUUCACAUGGGUAGGAUCUAUGUUCCACUUUUCCUGAGGGAUACGUCUUUCAGGCGAGGCGGAACAUACAUCCUACCUAUGUGAACUCUCGAGAGAGACUGAGAGUUUCCAGCCCUGUGAUUGGCUUAUCAACAAUCAGGAGCAUCGUAAGGGACUGGCCUAGACAUCAAAUGCACGGCUGAUGUGAAUCUAAUAUAGUAACAUGAAUGGAAUAUUUCGAAAAUAUGAAUGAUAUGUUUCUGCUCCAUUAAGCUACCUGUUGGUCAAUGAAUUUUAACUUCAGCGUCAGAAAAUCCUGCUCUGCUAUUUCACAAAAUAUGAGCAGGAAUCACACAUGGUCCUUUCAGUCUGAAAUGUUUUUUCGUGGAAAUAAAAGGGUACUUACGAAUAAAUCUGUCUGGUUGAAUUAACGGUUGUACUGGGUGGCAGUGUAUGCUAACUAGGCAUGUUUGUGUGUCAACUUUAUUUAUUUGUUGAAUUUUCUUGUUGUGUUCUUUUGUUAACAAUGCGCUGUUUAUGAUUGUAUUUAAUGUUAUUUCCCAACCCCUCACUCAUAUAUAUAUAUAUAUAUAUAUAUAUAUAUAUAUAUAUAUAUAUAUAUAUAUAUAUAUAUAUAUAUAUAUAUAUAUAUAUAUAUAUAUAUAUAUAUAUAUAAUGUAACUGUUGCACUUACGUACUAGGAGAAAUAGCAUUAUUUUCUUUUUGUGCACUCUUAUGUGGU